AUGGGGCUGGUGGGGCUGCUCGUACCACUCGCCACGGCAUACCUCCUUCUUGCGGACCUCGCGCUGUGCGAGGAGUACACGACGGAGAACCCGUCCGUCGAGGGCGUGGACACGGUCGCCAAGUACGGCGACCGGGAGCAGCAGCACGGUGGCGGCGGCGGUCCGAACAAUCUCGGCGCGGCGUGGCAGAUCUUUGGGUCGAACGCGAUGCGCCAGUCGGAGGGCCGGCUGGUGAAGGCGAAGACGCGCAAGGUGAAGGCGCACCAGAAGGACAGCCGGCCGCAGUUGCCGUCCGGCAAGAUCAUGAUGGCGCCGCCCCGGCCCCGCCGCCCGUUCCACCAGAACGCGUCGGUCGCGAUCGACCGGAGCGCGGGCCUCGCGCACCACCCGAUCGGGGCGUCGGGCGGGGCGCUCGGGGCGGGCGGCGCCGGGGGCGGGGUGUACGGGUCGCUGUCCCACUACGACACCCUGUACGGUAUCCGGGGGGUCGAGCGGCGCGACAACGAUGGGCUGCGGCCGUUCGAUGGCCGCUUCGGACCGGCCGGCGGCCAUAUUGGCGGCUACCAUCGGCACCCGGACGACGAUAUCUUCCGCUCGGACGACGAACUACUACUAGAGUCCCCCGGGGGCGGUGGCGGGGGAGGUUUCGGAGGCUCCGGGAAACCGGCGGACGGGGGGCCCGGGGGACCUCUGGAGCACUGCGACAUCCGGUGUGAGCCGCGCGAGUUCCGGUGCGACAAGAGCUGCGCCUGCAUCCACGUGGACCUGCACUGCGACGGGCAGGCGGACUGCGUGCUGGCGGAGGACGAGCAGAACUGCGAGGCCGUCCACCAGCUGCUGGCGCAGCAGAUCAAGGACAACUGCGAGACGAGCGGCACGCACGUGAUCUGCGCCACCACGCACACCUGCAUCUCGCGCGAGUGGCUCUGCGACGGGGACGACGACUGUGGCGACUUCACCGACGAGACCCACUGCGGCACCCGGCUCGACUGUACCGAGGGCAAGUUCGAGUGCCAGAACGGGAUGUGCAUCCCGCCCGACUGGGUCUGCGACGGGGACAACGACUGCAACGAUCUGUCGGACGAGCGGAACUGCACCAAGCAGUGUACGCGGGACGAGUUCCGGUGCAAGGACGGGUCGUGUAUUUCGGCGUCGUUCCAGUGUGACGGCGAGAUGGACUGCAUCGACGAGUCGGACGAGGCGGACUGUGACCGGCCGAUGCAGAACUGCCCCGAGGGCGAGUACAAGUGCAAGGGGGCACUCGGCGGCAUGGGCGGGCCGGGGGGCCGCUGCGUGCUGAUGCGGUUCCGGUGCGACGGCGACAACGACUGCGGUGACUGGAGCGACGAGGAGAACUGCCCCAAGAAGCAGGUCGACUGCAUGAUCAACGAGUUCAAGUGCGACGACGGUGACUGCAUACCGCUCCAGUGGCGCUGCGACGACAAGCAGGACUGCAAUAACGGCGAGGACGAGAAGAACUGCCCGGUGGACCGCGGUACGGCUGGGCGCGCCUGCUCGCCGGACGAGUACACCUGCAAGGACGGCCGAUGCAUUCUGGUAAGAUCUCUCUCUCUCUCUCUCUCGCUCUCUCUGCUUUGGAUCUCUUACGGAACGGCGUGGUUCGGUAGUUCGCGCGAGUCCAGCUAAUGUUCUACUCCCUUCGUUGCUCCCAGGGUGUGCAUCAACCAGAAGCACGUUUGCGACGGGUACGGGGAUUGCGCGAACGGCGAGGACGAGCAGCGGUGCCCGAUAGCGCACCCGUGCGGGGCCCACGCCCGCUGCGAGCAGCUGUGCGUGACGGCGUACAGCGGGCGGGAGGAGUGCCUGUGCCGGGCGGGCUACCUGCUCCACGGGAACGGCUACAACUGCACCGACAUCGACGAGUGUGCGAUCGUGGCGAGCCCGGUCUGCUCGCAGCAGUGCACGAACGUGGCCGGCAGCUUCCGGUGCUCGUGCCAGCCCGGCUACGUGCUGCGGCCGGACCAGCGGACGUGCAAGGCGAUCGGGGGCUCGGUGAAGCUGCUGAUGGCGAACCGGGCCGACAUCCGGCAGGUGUCGCUGAGCGGCGGCAGCAACCAGUACACCUCGAUCGCCAAGGGGCUGCCGAACGCGAUCGCCCUCGACUACCACUACCGGCGGGACCUGCUGUUCUGGACGGACGUGUCGAUCGACGUGAUCAAGCGCUCGCACCUGAACGGCAGCGGCGUCCGUGACGUCAUCAAGUGGGGCCUCGAAUCGCCCGGCGGCCUCGCCGUCGACUGGGUGCACGAUCUGCUGUUCUGGACCGACUCGGGUACGCGCCGCGUCGAGGUGGCGACGCUCGACGGGCAGAUGCGGGCCGUGAUCGCGGCGAACGAGCUGGACAAGCCGCGGGCCAUCGCGGUACACCCGGGCCGGGCGGCCGUGUUCUGGACCGACUGGGGCACUAGCCCGCGCAUCGAGAAGGCGUACAUGGACGGGUCCGAGCGGCAGACGCUCAUCGCGGAGGCCAUCUUCUGGCCGAACGGGCUCGCGAUCGACUACACCAGCGACCGGAUCUACUGGGCGGACGCGAAGCACGUCAUCGAGAGCGCCAACUUUGACGGGAAGGCGCGCCGCAAGAUCCUCAGCAACAACCUGCCGCACCCGUUCGCGCUCGCCCUGUUCGAGGACUCGAUGUACUGGACCGACUGGCACACGAAGACGAUCUCGAGCGCGAGCAAGGUGAACGGGCGCGGCUUCCGCGUCGUCCACGAAGGUCUCCACUUCCCGAUGGGCAUCCAGAGCUACCAUCCGUCCCGUCAGCCCGACUACCCCAACCGCUGCCCGGUGGACCCGGCCGGCGGCGGCGGCGGUCGGCGCGGAGGCUGCUCGCACCUGUGUCUGCCGACGCGGGCCCAUCGCCGGUGCGCCUGUCCGAUUGGGCUGACGCUGCGCUCGGACCAGCGCACCUGCUCGACCGUGCCAGACAAGCUACUGCUGAUCGUGCGCAAGAAGGAUGUGCGGGUGCGCCAGCUGGACGCAGCGAACCCGGUCGACAUGGUGUUGCCGCUCGAUGGCAUCAAGUCGACGGUCGCGGUCGACUGGUGCGCCCGGACCAACGCCAUCUACUGGACGGACGUGGGCAAGAGCCUGAUCAGCCGGGCGUUCAUCAAUGGCAGCGGCCAGGAACCGAUCGUCCGCUCGAACCUCAUCUCGCCCGCCGGUCUCGCGCUCGACUGGAUCACGCAGAAGAUCUACUGGACCGACCCGGGCACGAACCGGAUCGAGGCGGCCACCACCGACGGCCGCCAGAGGGCGCUGCUGGUGUGGGAGCGGCUGGACAAGCCGCGCGACAUCGUCGUCCAGCCGGCCGAGGGCUACAUGUUCUGGUCCGACUGGGGCUCCAACCCGCUGAUCGAGCGGGCCGCCAUGGACGGGGGGGCGCGCUUCACGCUCGUCUCCGAGAACCUGCAGUGGCCGAACGGGCUCGCGCUGGACGUGGACAAGCAGCGGCUGUACUUCCUCGACGGGGGCACCAAGUCGCUCGAGUACGUCAAUUACGACGGCACCGGCCGCAACCGGCUGAUCCAGGAGGGCCUGCGCCACCCGUUCGGGCUGGACGUGUACGAGCGGCGCGUCUACUGGACCGACUGGGACACGCACAGCAUCCAGGUGGCCAACAUGUACACCGGCGCCGACCGGCACACGAUCCUCGCCAACAACAGCGACCUGAUGGACAUCCGGGUGUUCCACCGGAAUCGGCGCGAGUCGCGCAACCCGUGCGCCCACAAGAACGGGGGCUGCUCGUACCUGUGUCUGCUGAAACCGACCAGCUACAGCUGCGCCUGCCCCAUCGGCAUUCAGCUCCAGGAUAAUGGCAAAACGUGCAAGAGUGGACCGGCGAACUAUCUGAUCUUCGCGCACCGCACCGAGAUCCGGCAGGUGUCGCUGGACAGUGACUACCAGAUCGACGUGGUGCUGCCGCUGCCGCCGAUCUCGAACGCCGUCACGCUCGACGUGGACCGGGCGACCGGUGAGGUCUACUGGGCCGACACGAUCGAGGACGUGAUCAUGCGCUCCACGCCCGACGGCAUGCGCAUCAAGCAGAUCUAUAGCGAGAGCAUGACCAGCGUCGAUGGGCUCGUGCUGGACUCGAUCGGCCGCAAGCUGUACUGGACCGAUGCGGGCCGGAAGGUGCUGGAGGUGAGCGACCUGGACGGGGAUGGGUCGCGGUCUGCGCUGGUGUGGCGGGACCUGGAGCAACCGCGCGGAAUCGCGCUCGACUACGACUCGGGGCUGCUGUUUUGGUCGGACUGGGGCGCCGACCCGCGCAUCGAGCGGGCCGACAUGGACGGGGAGAACCGGCGGCCGCUCAUCACCGAGGGGCUCGGCUGGCCGAACGGGCUGGCGGUGGACCGGGCCGAGCGGCGCAUCUACUGGGCGGACGCGCAGAUGAAGACGAUCGAGUCGGCCGGGCUCGGCGGGACGCAGCGCACGCGGCUGGUGGAGAACCUGCCGCACCCGUACGCGCUCGCCGUCACCGCGCGGGCCAUCUACUGGACCGACUGGAUCACGAAGGCGCUCCACACGGUCCCGAAGCAGCCCCAGGGAAAUGGCGCCUCCGCCUCCGCAGUGCACAUCCGCAACGUGACGCACGGGCUCGAGGGCCUGAUGGACGUGAAGGUGGUGCAGGAGGACGACGGCUACCAGCUGGAGAACGUGUGCGGGAAGGCGAACGGGGGCUGCUCGCACCUGUGCCUGCGCAACCCGACCGGCUACAGCUGCAAGUGCCCGACCGGGCUGACGAUGCGCGAGGGCAGCACCAGCGACUGCAAGACCCUGCCGGACGAGUUUCUGCUGAUUGCGCUACGGUCGGGCAUCGGGCGCAUCUCGCUCGACACGCCGGACCUGUUCGACGUGGUCCUGCCGAUCGAGGGCGUGCACGGGGCGGUCGUGCUCGACUACCACUACGACACGCUGCAGGUGUACUACGCGGACGUGAACGUGGACGCGAUCCGGCGCGUCAGCCUGCAGAACGUCUCGGACACGCAGGUGGUGGUGGCGCGCGGCCUCAACACGCCGAACGGGCUGGCGGUCGACUGGCUGGCGGACAACCUGUACUGGACGGACACGGCGCUCAAGCGGAUCGAGGUGGCCCGGCUGGACGGCUCGUGUCGGAAGGCGAUCCUCAGCGACCGGCUGGACGACCCGCGCUCGCUCAUCCUCUACCCGAAGCGGGGCUUCCUGUUCUGGGCCGACUGGGGCGCCACGCCCAAGAUCGAGCGCGCCUACAUGGACGGGAGCGGGCGGCGCAGCGUGGUCGACUUCGAGCUCGGCUUCCCGACCGGGCUCGCCAUCGACUUCGACGCCAAGCGCCUGUACUGGGCCGACGCGCUCCAGGACCGGAUCGAGCGCUGCGACUUCGACGGCCGGCGCCGGGCGCCGGUGGUGGCGCACGCGACGCACCCGUUCGGCUUCACGCUGACCGCGACGCACCUGUACUGGACCGACUGGUACAACAAGUCGGUGCUGCGCGCGCCCAAGGACAGCGCGGCCAGCGUGGAGGUGGCGCGCUUCAACCUGCGCGGCGCGCUCGAGGUCCGCUCGGUGUCCGGCGCCCGCCAGCCGCACGACUGGAACCCGUGCCGGCGUGACAACGGCGGCUGCAGCCACCUCUGUCUGUACGCCGAGACGCGCUACGUGUGCGGCUGCCCGGACGCGCCGGACCCGGCCGGCCGGCCCUGCCACCUCGAGCCGACGUUCGUCGUGCCGAUCCGGCCGAACGACGAGCUGCUGCUGGCGCACCAGGACCACAACCGGCCGAUCAAGUCGAACGGCUCGACCGUGCUCAGCACCAGCAAGAUGCACGCCCAGCUCGUCAUCAUCGCGACCGCCAUCCUGGCCGGGCUGCUCAUCAUCGUCAUCAUCACGAUCCUAGUGUUGAUCGUCAAUUCGAAGCGCAAGCAGACGAAGAAGAGCGCACGGACCGCGAACGAUGUGCUCACGUUCACCAACCCCAACUACAACGGCAUCGACGGCCUGUACCAGGUGGGCGAUACCGCGUCCAGCGCCGCCGCCUCCCAGCGCAACACCAUCUGGAAGCGGCUCAAGUACGACCGGGCGCAGGAGCGAGUGUACGAGGAGAAGUACCUGGGCAUGCAGCACGGUACCGGAGGAGGAGGCGGCAGCUUUUUGGCGACUGGCGGCACGGCGCCCUCCACCACCGUGAUGACACCCGGCUCGGCGGUCCUUCCCGUCUAG